AUGGCUGCAGAGGUGGCCACGGGCGCCGUCACGGCCGUCGAGAGCGGCGACCUGGCGACGCUGAUCAAGCGCAACGCCCACACGGCCAAGGCGAUCUUUUUUGACAGCCGGCCGACGGGAGAUGCAGAUGGCAGCCGUAAGCGCUUGCGCCUCGACCCAGCAUCGGCGAGCAGCGACGACCCAGAUCUGACAGAGACGGCGGUGGCGCUGCGACUGAACGCCGAGUACGCGAACGUGCGGACGCUGCCCGAAGCGCUAGCCACGAAGCAGGCAGCAGCCGUGGGCGCGGCAGCAGCACGCAAGAAGGCACUGCUGCAGCGGAAGCCGGUGGCGAGCGGCGACGGGGCCGGCGAGGACGUGGCGGCACGGAAGCUGAUCGAAGGCAUCGAGGAGAACGGCAGCGGCAAGAAGCCAAACGAGAAAGCACACAGCACGGCGCUGAUGCCGAUUCGACGGCUCCCAGGAGCUGCCGCGACAGGGACAUCUGCAUUCUCAGCAGGACAGCAGCUGAUGCGAAUGCAGGACGUGCAGGCGCAGCCACGGCCAGAGUGGCACGCGCCGUGGAAGCUGAUGCGUGUCAUCUCGGGCCACCUGGGGUGGGUGCGCAGCCUGGCGGUGGAGCCGGGCAACAAGUGGUUUGCCAGCGGGGCAGGUGACCGGACGAUCAAGAUCUGGGACCUGGCGUCGGGACAGCUGCGACUGACGCUGACGGGCCACAUCUCGACGGUGCGCGGACUGGCGGUGUCGCCGCGCCACCCGUACCUCUUCUCCUGCGGUGAGGACAAGAUGGUCAAGUGCUGGGACCUGGAGACGAACAAGGUGAUCCGGCACUAUCACGGCCAUCUGAGCGGCGUGUACGCGCUGGCGCUGCACCCGACGCUGGACGUGCUCGUCACCGGCGGCCGCGACGGCGUGGCCCGGGUUUGGGACAUGCGCACGCGCAGCAACAUCCACGUGCUGGCCGGUCACACCGGCACCAUCGCCGACGUGCGCUGCCAGGAGGCUGACCCGCAGGUCAUCACUGGCUCGCUCGACAGCACCGUCCGGCUCUGGGAUCUGGCUGCCGGCAAGUCGUCGGGCGUGCUCACCCACCACAAAAAGGGCGUCCGCGCGCUCGCCGUCCAUCCAGCCGAGUUCACCUUUGCCAGCGCCAGCGCCGGCAGCAUCAAGCAGUGGAAGUGCCCCGAGGGUGCCUUCAUGCAGAACUUUGCCGGCCACAACGCUAUCAUCAACGCCCUCGCCGUCAACGCUGACAACGUCUUCUUCUCCGGCGCCGACAACGGUUCCAUGAGCUUCUGGGACUGGAAGUCCGGCCAUCGCUUCCAGUCCCUCGACACCAUCGCGCAGCCCGGCUCGCUCGACGCCGAGUCCGGCAUCAUGGCCGCCACUUACGAUCGCUCCGGCAUGCGUCUCAUCUGCGGCGAGGCCGACAAGACCAUCAAGAUCUGGCGCCAGGAUGAUCAAGCCACGCCCCAGACCCAUCCGCUCGACUGGCAGCCGACGCCGAUGCAGCGCCGGUAUUAG